AUGGAGGCGCACGUGUACCCCAACGAGCACAAGAUCCACGAGGAGAUGAACCAGCCGCGCCUACCAUGGACGCCCAGCCCCACUCUCGAAGCCAUCAAACAAAAGGCCAAGAGCGAGGGGUUGUGGAACCUGUUCUUGCCAGAGUCCCAGUACGGUGCGGGCCUGACCAACCUCGAGUACGCCCCGCUGUGCGAGAUCAUGGGGCGCAGCUUCUUCGCGCCCGAGGUCUUCAACUGCAGCGCGCCAGACACGGGAAACAUGGAAGUGCUGGUGAGGUAUGGCUCGGCUGAGCAGAAACAGAGAUGGCUGGUGCCGCUCCUGAAUGGUGAGAUCCGCAGCGGCUUCGCUAUGACCGAGCCUGAUACGGCUUCAUCGGACGCCACCAACAUCUCGACGCUGAUCAAGAGGGACGGAGAUUCCUACGUGAUCAACGGCAAGAAGUGGUGGACUUCUGGCGCUGGCGAUCCCCGCUGCAAGCUCUUGAUUGUGAUGGGCAAGACCGACACCUCGGCGCCCACGCACCAGCAGCAAUCAAUGAUUGUCGUGCCUAUGGACACUCCAGGUGUCAAGGUUCAGCGUUUCCUUCCGGUGUACGGCUACAACGAUGCCCCGCACGGCCACAUGGAAAUCCACUACGAGAACGUGCGCGUGCCUGCUAGCAACAUCCUGCUGGGCGAGGGCCGCGGAUUUGAAAUCGCCCAGGGGCGGCUCGGCCCUGGCCGCAUUCACCACUGCAUGCGAACGAUCGGCAUGGCGGAGCGCUGCUUGGAGCUGAUGGUGGCCAGAGUCACCUCGCGCACUGCCUUCGGUAAGCUGCUGGCGCAACAGGGAUCCAUUCUGCAAGACAUCGCCCUCUCUCGCACCGAAAUCGAGCAGUCCCGCCUGUUGACCCUCAAGGCCGCCCACAUGAUGGACACGGUGGGCAACAAGGCAGCCAGGGACUACAUUGCGAUGAUCAAGGUGGUGGCCCCGAGCAUGGCUCUCCGCGUGAUCGAUCGCGCUGUGCAGGCCCACGGCGCUGCCGGCGUCAGCGAGGACUUCAUUCUGGCGCGGGCCUGGGCCAAUAUUCGUACCCUUCGCAUAGCCGAUGGACCGGAUGAAGUGCACCUGCGCACGAUCGGGCAGCUGGAGCUGAAGAAGAAGGGCAAGGCCAGGUUGUAG